AUGAAGACCGACACGCGCGUGGACAAUGAAAAAUACGGCCUUGCGCCUGGAAGCAAAGUCUGGUGCGCCACGCACCCCGUGCUGCGUCACAAGCUCACCAAGCUGCGCGACGAACGCACCGACAGUCGUAUCUUUCGCCAUUUGCUGCGGGAAGUCACGUUCUACCUCGGGUACGACGCCACGGACGAUCUGGAGACGACGCGCAAGCAGAUCAAAACGCCAAAAGGUGAUCAUCAAGGGGACGAGCUGUCUACGUCGGUGGCGCUUGUGCCCAUCCUUCGAGCGGGACUGGGCAUGGUCGAGCCAAUGCUGGACGUGCUGCCGGAUGCGACGGUACACCACAUUGGAAUGUACCGCAACAAGCAAUCGCUUUUGCCCGUGCAGUACUACAACAAGCUGCCAAAGGAGUGUAAUGUCGACGUUGCGAUCAUCCUGGAGCCAGUCAUUGCUACUGCUGGCACGAUCCUCGCAACGCUGGCUGUUCUAAAGACGUGGGGCGUGGGGAAGAUCAAGAUUGUCAGCACGAUUGCGUCCAAGCAGGGUCUGCAAGAAGUGUGCGAGAAGAAUCCGGACGUGGAGAUCUUCUUGGCGGCCAUUGACGAUGGCCUGAGCGAGGAGGGCUACAUCCUGCCCGGUCUCGGCGACGCGGGUGACCGUGAGUUCCGCACGGACAAGGAGCUCGAGAAGAUUGAGAUUGUGCCCAAGAAGCGGAAACUGUAG